AUGGUUGGGGAUUCAGGGUCAGAAAAUGCAGGGUCAGAAGAGACAGAAACAUAUGGAGGUGAUUCUGGUUCAGAGGAUGAUGAAGAUGAAGUGCUUUGGUGGGUUUGUGCAGGUUUAGAGGGAGGAUUACUAUUCAUGUUUACUAGUAGACCAAUUAAUGAGAAUUGGCAAGCUAUUGAGAAAGUCAUGAGGUACCUUAAAAAGACCGUGAAUCUCGGUUUGCAUUAUCAGAGAUUUCCUGUUGUACUUGAAGGAUACAAUGAUGCAGAUUGGAAUACCUUAUCAGAUGAUUCUAAAGCAACUAGUGGAUAUGUAUUCAAUAUAUCUGGAGGAGAUGUAUUUUGGAAAUCAAAGAAACAGACUAUUCUGGCUCAGUCCACGAUGGAGUCUGAAAUGAUAGCAUUCGCGACUGCUAGUGAAGAAGCAAGUUGGUUAAGAUGCUUGCUAGCUGAGAUUCUUUUGUGGGAAAAACAUAUGCUAGCUGUGUUAAUUCACUGUGAUAACACCACAUUUAUUGCAAAAAUUGAGAACCACUAG